AUGGAAAAUUAUAUACCUUGUCACAUUAAAUCAUCAUAUACUAUAUUUCAAAAAAAGACAAUAGUUGAGUUUGCAAAAAUUCAUGGAAGAAAUGAGGCUAGUCGUCAGUUCAACUUAGAGCCAACAAUGAUUGGUAGGUGGAUUAAAGCUUGUGAAAAAUGGGAUAAAUCUGUAAAAAAUAAAACUAAGGCAUUAGGUUCAGGAAGAAGAGCCUUUUUUCCAGAAGCAGAAGAAAAACUCUACAAAUGGAUUAUUGAACAAAGAAAGCAAGCAUUUGCUGUUACUUAUUAUAAUAUUUCAAAUCAAAUGCAAAAAAUUUUAAAUGAGCCACAUUUCAAAUUUAUAUACCCAGAAGCUAGUGGUUCCUUUAAAUAUUCCAAAAGCUGGUUACUUGGAUUUUUAAGACAUAAAAACCUUUCUUUAUGA